AUGCGCCCUAAGGAGACCGACGGUCGCAAAGGCGAUGGAGGUGAAUGGGUGGAAGUUCGCCGGAGAAACUUUCAGGUUAACAAGAUAAUCACCUCAUUCUAUGUCUCUAACCUUCAAGAUGAUGUUAUAAAUGCUAUGCUGAAGGAAGCUUUCCAUAGUUUUGGAAACCUGGUUGAUGUUUACAUCCCCGGCAGGAAAGACAAAGCAGGCUCGUUCUUCGCGUUCAUUAAAUAUAAAUGUGUUCUAGAUGCAACUGCUAUGGCUAGAACAUUGGACGGAGUUAGAUGUGGUCAAUGCAUUACAAAGGUAAACGUCUCUAAGUUUGAGAAGAAACCCAUUCACAAACCUGGUGUGAAGUUCGUCAACAAAUCUCAACCUCCAAAAAUGCCUUUCGGCGGCUGGAACAAGGUCAGAGAUGAUAGAUCCUUCGCCGACGUUAUGGGAAGGCGCAACAACUCAUCUAAGGUGCAUCCUCCUCCUGUGGUCUCGGAAAUCAAACUAUCACAGGUUCUUGCAAUGGAGAGAUCUUGCAAUAUGAUUCUUCUUGGUGAAGUCACAAGCUUUGACCUUCUCAACGAUCUUCCAAAUCUGUUGAAUGCUGAUGGUUGCAUCCCAUGCCAAGUUUUCUUUGCUGGAGGUUUGAAGGUAUUACUAAAGUUUCAUGUACAAGGUGAUGCUACUGGAUACCUCAACAAUGAAUACAGAUGGAAUAGAUGGUUCAAAUGGUUAAAGUUGGGGUUUAAUGAAGAAUUGCAAUUCGAGAGACAAGCAUGGGUUAAGAUCAUCGGUCUUCCCAUUCACUUACGGUCUGAUGCCAACGUUACUUCAAUUGUUAGCUCGCUCGGUAAAAUAUUGGAAGUGGAUGGUCAAAAUUGGAGGUGUAUUAAUUUGGCGUCUGCUCAUGCCCGCAUCCUCACCGCCAGUAAAAAACUCAUAAACGAGGAAGUUUGUUGUACCUUCAAUGGGAAGUCCUUCUGCAUUGGCAUCGUCAAAUGUGUUGAUGUCUGGGAACCAUUCUCCAAGUACUAUAAUUCCAAUGAUUGCUCCCCAGACCCUGACAACAUGGAGGAUUUGGUGGAUGAUGUCGUAGAUAAGGCCUCUUCAGAUGAAGAUGACGAUGGUAUUUCUGAUACCUGGUGCGAAAACUCUCAUGAUCUGGAAGAAGGUGAAAUCGGCGGGAACUCCGGUGAACAAAAUCCUAUUAUUGAUGGCAACGAUGACGUCAGGCGGCAAUCGACAACGGCUUCGAUUUCGGUGAUUCCCGAUAACGUUAAUGAAAUAUUAAAUGCGGAACAUGAAAAGUCAUCUGGCACGCUUGAUUCUAACAGGUCAGCCGAUUUUGUUCAUGUUGGGCCAACUAUUCCUUUUAAUUCCCCCUUGCCCCCAGAUGGGCUGUUACCCAAUUCGUUAGCCCAAAUUAAUGGUGAUCCAGAUCCAUUACUUGACGCCCCCAUCACGAUAUCUGGUGUCAGUGAAUCUAAAUCCAAAAAAAGAAAAUUAGAUAGAUCCACUUUUAAUAUUCCCGCUUUCUCCCUUCCCCCUCGCCGCUUAUCCACUGAAUUCAGGAUCUCUCCCAAUCGUAACCUGGGCCGAUGGUGA